AGUGUACUCGCCAUCUUGUAGCCGACGAGCAGCGCUUCGAGCGGGCUCGCUAGGGUUUAUAUUUACCUCUAUCUCCCUAUUUUGACCCAAAAUCAUUCAAUCUAUUUUCCUCUUCGCGUCGCGCUCUGUCGAGAAAUCAAGGCCUUCAAAUCUAGGUCUUGUAGGCGGACGAAGCAUUCUCUCGCCCAUGGAGUUCGCCGAGGGGAACCCGAAAGGCGUCUGCGGCGAGUACGAGAUCGAGGAGGAGGUGGAAGAGGAGGUCGAGGAAGAGAUUGAAGAAGAGGUGGAGGAAGAGGAAGAGGAAGAGGAAGAGGAAAUGGGAGGCGGAGGAGGUGUUCAUGGUCAAGGGGGAGGAGGAGAAGGAGAUGUUGAAGGGGAUGAUGAUGGAGAUGGGAGCGGAGAGCCUGUCGGAAAGAGGAUGGAUAAUAGCGGCGGUGAGGAAAUGAAGCAAGCUGAUAUCGGUUCUUCUUCGGCAGGAAAAAUCUUUGUUGGUGGCGUUGCUUGGGAUACUACAGAGGAAACAUUCAAUGAACAUUUCAGCAAGUACGGGGAGAUCACUGAUUCUGUGAUAAUGAAGGACAAGAAUACACAUAUGCCAAGAGGGUUUGGGUUUGUGACCUUUGCUGACCCAUCUGUUAUUGACAAGGUUCUGGAGGAUGAGCAUGUUAUAGAUGGGAGAAUGGUAGAAGUUAAGAGAACAGUUCCAAGAGAAGAUAUGCCUUCCAAGGCAGGCAACAGAACAAGAAAAAUCUUUGUGGGAGGACUACCCACUUCUCUAACUGAAGAUGAGUUAAAGGAGCACUUCUCCUUGUAUGGUGAAGUCGUUGAAAACCAAAUAAUGCUUGACCAUAGCACUGGACGGUCACGUGGAUUUGGUUUUGUCACCUUCAAAACUGAGGAAGCUGUUGACAAAAUUAUUUCAGAAGGUAGAAUGCAUGAUCUUGCAGGGAAACAGGUUGAGAUCAAGAGGGCUGAACCAAAGAGAUCAGGUGGCCAUUCUGCAGUCAAUGGGAGGGCUAGUCAUGGUGCUAGUGGCGGAAGUGCACAUGGAUACCGAGGAAGCUCUUAUGGAUAUGGAGGCAGUCACCGAUAUGGUGGCAACUACUAUGAAGGUGGCACAGGCUAUGGUUAUGGCAGAGGUUAUAACUAUGGUGGCGUCCCUGGCUAUGGUGCAGGCUAUGGAUCCAAUUACGGUGGGCCUAUGUAUGGUGGAGGUGGGUAUGGUGGUGGUAAUCUAUACGGUGGCCCAGGUGGAUAUAGUAAUUGGUAUGGUGGUUAUGGCAGUGGCGGCCGGGGUUACGGGAACAGGUACCACCCCUAUGGCAAGUGAUAUGAGGAGAUUAUUUCGGUUACUAGUGUAGUCAUCAUACAUGUUGAUUUCCCUGACCAUUAGCAGAUUUCUUUGUCGCGAUGGUUUCUUGUCCUUGGAGAACACAUGAUUGCCAAUACAUUUUUGCAACCACAUAUGACCCGAGGGAACAAAUAUGCAUCAUCCCCUUUAUAAUCUUAAGUCUCACCCCUUAUUACAAAUGCUUGAAUGGUCCUUUCCAACUAUGAUGUAACUUUGACAUUGUUGCUAUGAAUUAUUUGUCUUUUUAACUUU